AUGCAAUUGAAACUUUGUUUCUUAACUCUUCUGUAUGCUUUACGUGUAAAUAGUGAUCAAUUGCGGAGUGUUAGUGACGAUGAACUAUUGCAACUCAUAAAAGAAAAGGAGAAACUGGUUGUUGUAUUUAACAAACCCAAUUGCAAAGAAUGUGAAAAAUUAGAAAGAGUUGUGGAUGAUUUACAAGCCCAUUUUGAAAAGCAGUUUAAUGCUCUAACAGUUAAGGUGGUAAACAGUCAUUUAGCUCGUCUUUAUAGUCCAACUAAGGAGCCAGCAUUAGUUUUCUUUAGACAUGGUGUACCACUUCUUUAUAAUGGUGAAGCUGAUGAAGGAGAGAUGUAUGGCUACUUAGAAAAAAAUCAAUCUCCGUCAGUUAAAGAGUUAACAGAUAAAAUAUUUGAACACUUGACACAAGCAGCAACUGGUGCCACUACUGGAGAUUGGUUUGUUAUGUUCUAUGGCGCAUCAUGUGUAGAAUGUCAAAGACUUCAUGCAGUAUGGGAAGGUGUUGGAGCUACAUUGCAUGGAAGAGUUAAUGUAGCUAGAAUGGAUUCAAAUUUAGCAGGAGCCCUUACUGCUAAGAGAUUUAAAGUGACAAAGUUGCCAACAUUUUUAUUCUUUCGCUUGGGCAAAGUGUAUAGAUAUGAUUUACCAAAAUAUGAUAUCAAAUCAUUUGUAACAUUUGCUCAAGACUGGUAUAAAAAUGUUAAAGGGGAGGCUGUACCACUAUUGUCUUCACCAUUUGAUGAUGUUGUGGACUGGAGUGUUGAUAUGAUAAAGUUUUCAAUAAAACUUGGGGUUGAGAUAUUAGCAAAAUAUCCAUGGAUCUGGCAGAUAGGAGUCACUGGGUUUGGACUGGUUGCACUGACUGCCAUAAUAGCACUUAUGAAAGCUAGAAAGUCAAAACCUACGAAAAAUGUCAAGAAAGAUAAGAAAAAGAAAUAA